AUGACGGACAAAUUACCACCUAAUUUAUUAGCACUAUUUGCACCUCGACCUCCACUUCCAUAUGCAAAACCUUUAGAUCGAGAUCCUACAAAACGUAAAGGUCCUCAAAUAUCCGGUGUUGGUUCAUAUGUUUCGCUGUUAAAAAACUAUGACCCAGACUAUGUGCCUACAGAAACUUUUGAAGAGAAAAAGAAAAGAAAGAUAUUAGAGAAAAAACAAAAAGCAGAAGAAGCGAUCAAAAAGGGACUUGAAGCGUGGGACCCUAAUAAAGAUGAGAAUGUUACCGGGGAUCCAUUUAAAACAUUAUUUGUUGCAAGAAUGAAUUAUGAAAUAACGGAAAAGGAUUUACGAAGAGAAUUUGAAAUUUAUGGUCCAAUAGAAAAUAUAAGAAUUAUAAAAAACAAACUCACCGGAAAACCUCGAGGCUAUGCUUUUAUUGAAUUUGAAAGAGAAAAAGAUAUGAAAGCUGCGUACAAAGGUGCUGAUGGCGUUAAACUUUUGGGUCGUCGAAUUUUAGUUGAUGUAGAACGUGGUAGAACAGUUAAGGGUUGGAGACCACGUCGUCUUGGUGGUGGUUUAGGAGGAACUAGGAUUGGGGGCCCUGAUCAAAAUCAAAAAUACUCAGGCAGAGAAGGUUCUUAUAUUCAUACAAGUCAUCCUCCACCAACAAGUUACGACAGGGAUUAUAGAGGUUAUUCACGUGGAAGUGCAGAAAUGGUGGGUAUAGUGGGACAAGUGGUUAUGAUCGCGACUAUAGACGUCGUGGUCGUAGUCGCUCAAGAAGUCCCGGAGCAUAUAGAGAUGAUAGGUAUGGUUCUAAAGGUAGGGAUAGAGAUAGAAGAAAAGAUCGCAGGUAAAACACAAAAAUCAAGUUAA